AUGUGCUCCACUGGACUAGAAGCGAUGGAAGCAAGUGGGGAGUUGAUUUUCGAAUUGGAGGGUUGGCAGCAAGCCACCCCACCCUCAAUCCUCACCUCCCAUUGCAAAUUCGGAUACGGAUCCUCUGGAAAGGUCAUUCCGUCACGGUACAACUUGUUUGUCUAUCAAGUUGUACACAAGCCAACGCACAACACAGCUAGUCCAAAUUCAACACACGCCAUGUCGGAGUCACUGGCGGCACAGAUCAGAGUCGAGCAAGGCGCUAUAGAUGGAGGUUCCAUCACUG